AUGUUCACCAAAGUCACCGGAUUGCUGCUGCUGGCCUCCGCCGCCAGCGUGCUCGCCAGGCCGCCGCCGCAGUACGCUCCCUCCGACUACUAUUCUCCCCCGGAGUACCAGUUCGAGUACGAGGCCGCCGACCACUACGCCGCCCUGCAGUUCGGCCAGCAGGAGGAGCGUCACGGCGCCGAGACUAGCGGCUCGUACAGCGUGCUGCUGCCCGACGGCCGCACCCAGACCGUCACCUACACCGUGGUCGGUGAGCGCGGCUUCGAAGCCGACGUAAGCUAUGACGGCGAGGCGGCGCCGGUUGAGAGCUACACCCCUAAGCACGCCCCGAGCUAUGCUCCCAAGUACACCCCGAGCUAUACCCCUAAGUACACCCCGAGCUAUACCCCCAAGUACACCCCGAGCUACGCCCCGCGGCCGUACCACCCCGCUCCGGCGUACGGCAGUCGGGUGCGCAACUACGUCGUGAAUAGCGAUGCUGAGGACACUGCCGUCCCGGCUGCGGAUGAGACCGAGGUGGAGGCUCGCGCCGGGGUUGAGGAGGUCGAGGAGGCGGAGGCUCCCGCUGAGGAGGCUGCCGUUGAAGAGGUCGAGGAGGCUCCCGUUGAGGAGGUCGAUGCUGCUGUCGAGGAUGCCGCUGAAGAGGACGCUGGCGCUGAGGAAGCGGACACUGAAGCGGCUGAGGCUGAGGCUGUGGAAGAGGAGGCCAGUGCUGAAUAG